AUAUGCAUUUGCAAAAUAAGGUUCUAUUAAAAAGUAUAUAGUUGUCUUGUUCUUUUUCUAAGAAGUGUGUUAUAGAACAGUAAGCUGAUGUAAUUAGUGUAGUUUAACUACUUGUUCUUAAGUGAACACAGACCUUCUUCUCUUUCCCUCUUUCUUUGGUUUUCUGCAAAUAAUUCAAAAGUAGUGGGGAGAUAUUAGAUAUCAUAUGAAAAACAAAAAGAACAAAAACAUACUAAGAGAACAGAGUUUAUAAAUGCACUAUUACAAAUCUUUUUCAUGCUAAAAACAUGCCAAUCUUCUUCUAUUCUCUAUCUAUUCUUCUCCUGUUUCAUCAGUUCGAAUUCUGGCUAAAAUCCACAUAAAUCUUCCUUUGAUUCCUUUGGUCUUAAGAUACUUCGAUUUGUUCUAAUUGUUUCAUCAAAAUCAGUUAAUUCAGACAUGCUUUUACAUUAUCUGUAGCUCAAAAACAAUUUUAAAAGUAUGUGUUUUUCAAACUAAAUGAUUUGUAAGAUAUUCUCAGAUGUGGCAACAUUUUGUCCUGCGUGUUAACAGAAUCCUCCCAAAUCAUGUUAAAUAAUUAAAACUUGCAAAAUAAGAUUCUUAAAAAGUGUUUAAUUACAGUGAAUUAAAGAGUUUUUUUAUUAGAUCAAAAUCAGUUUAAGAUGAGUGUUUUAAAUUGGGAAUGAUUAUAUGAACUACAUAGAUGAAUUAAUACAUUUAGUGCAUUGUCAGACAGUCUCUGCACUACAAUAUGGUUAUUAUUUCAAGAAGAAUUUGAUAUACUAUUCAGAUAUGUUUUUGGUGUUUUUUAUACAAAAAUAAAAAAUAACGAAGCAUGACAAAAGCAUGAAAGAAUCAUUUCAGCAAGUGUAUUCAAAUUUGACUUACUUUUAUGGAUGGAUUUAGGUGAAACAGAUUAAUUGACUAAAAAUUAAAAGUGACAGGUGUUUAAUGUAUUACUAAAUCCCUAAAAUAUAUUUCAUUUAAGCUUUAACUCGGAAUCAAACAGUUCUUAUGUUAAACUGAAUGAAAAAAUAUAUUUUUCAUUAUUGUUUUUGUUACUAUCGUAUUUGUCUCUGUAAUAUCAUAACUUCAUUUCUAUUUGCCUGCUGGCAUUGUAAUAUAUAAAUAUUUUUUACUAGACGUUAAAUCAUUUUUAGAGCUCUGUAAAACCUUGAAAAGCUACGGUUAGUAAGACCACAAAGUGUGUGUGAGCAUUUUUUAAAAGAAUUAUUAGUAACGUCAGUUUUUUUUUAAGCUUUUUUUCUCCAGCUGUCUCUAGACAAUUGUGGAAAAUGAUUUUACUGAGCUCAAUUUAUUAGUUUUUGAUAAAUAAUAUAAAAGCUUAGUUUUAAAUAUGUUUUUCCUCCUUUUCAUAUAUAAUGUAUGUGUUAGUUAAACCACAGCAGAUCUUUGAAUAUUAUUGCACAUUAAAUGCAUAAAAUUUUGACAUUUUAAAAUAUUGAAAUAUCAGUUGUUUUAUCUGUUAUGUUUUCCUUCAGGUAGUCUGCAUAAAAGUUAAGAUAACGGUUUAAAAAUAGAUUAUUUUUUUUUCAUUUGUUUCGUAAGGGUAAGCUCAAUGUCUAACUCUUAAUUUUCAGCAGUCAUAUAUGUUAAUUUAUGUCUAACUAAUUUUUCUGUUAGCACUUUUCUCCUACACUUUACUUUUAACUCUUUCCUCCUUUAGAUCUUUGCCAUCAGAACAAAUUUUGCAAUCCGAGAGAUUCCUCAGGAAUUCUUGCCCGUGUCUCUGUUUGUGUUCUGAUGAAUAGAAAACCUUUCAGGGUUAUUAGUAAUAGCAAGAAUAUGCCACUGUUUGACAGUGAUGAAUAGCUUUAUUCAGAGCUUCCACUUUCAAAAAAAUCACAAUUUUAUUAUAGAAUCGGACUGAAGGAUUCUUGUUCUUCCUUGUGUGUUUUUCAGAAUUUAAUUAUUGAUGCUAACUUAUCUAUUUUACUUUCAUAAAGAACAAAAUCUCAUAUCUGUGUCAUGGACCACCUCUGGACAUUUUCCCAAAACCUUUCUGGACUUUACUACUGCUUUCCUUACAGCACUGAAAAUAAAGACACACACUGAGAAAGUCUUUGUGAUACCUCCAGCAAGCACAUAUAGUGGAGCAGAUGGUGGCCCUCAUUGGAGCUCUUCCCCUGUUUGGUGCCUCUCUACAGAAGCCUUUCAGGGAGUACCUUGAGGCCCAGAGGGCAAAAUUACCACACCGGACGAACUGGCGGGCGGACGGGCGGCGCGCAGGAGAGGCCACCCCAAUCGUUUCCGAAGAUGGUGAUCAGUGUGGUUUGUUUCUCAUCUAGCCUAAUGCAUCUUGAACUUAUGGCAUCUACACAGAGUUAAACUAAAUUCUAGAGUUACCGCUAGAAUAAUAGGUUUAUUUUUGCUGAGUUAUAUAUAUAUAUAUAUAUAUAUAUAUAUAUAUAUAUAUAUAUAUAUAUAUCAUGGUUAUCGGUUAACAUUUUUACUUUUUAAUGUGCUUGGUUAGCUGGCCGUUUGUGCUGAGAUACUCAUGUUCUCAGCUCUGUGUCUUGCUCAGGUUAUCUGAUCCCAUUGGUUGGGAUGUUAAGGUGCACCGUGGCUUAUGUUGUGUGUGGUCUAUUACACUUAAGGGACCAACUGCAUUAAUUUCGUUUUAAAAUUAGUUUGCUUUGAAUUGCUGCAUAGUGGUUGUCUAAUACUACAUUCAAAAAUCGAUUUCAAUUAAGGCAUAACAGGAAGUGAAUGUAAAGUAAUGCAACUGAGUCUAAAGUCAUUAAAAGAUGUUAUGCAUAUUGACUAGUGCUUGUAUUGCAUUACUUUUCCUAAGCAAAGAUCGUCUUGUGUUCUAAAAGCUUGGUGAAUCAUAAUGUUCCUUUCGUCUAGAGUUAUUGUUUUGUUUCCAGAGAUCCAAAGAGGAGAGGGAGAAGGAGUGUGUGUCUGUCUGUCUGUCUGUGUGUGUGUGUGUGUGUGUAACCACAUGACUCACUACAGGGCCACUCCACCAGAUGCAAUAACGCAUUCAAUCAGAUUAAGAAGCGCGUUUGUGUUCAGGCACAUAUGUGCGUGGGCGUGUGCCACGUUUCGCGCGUAGCUCCUUUAUCGCACGUAUUCUAUACAUCUGAAGAGCAUCCGGUCACGCUGGAGGAUGCUCGGUGCUGUGAGAUGCUGGAUUGGAUUUGACUAACGGAUUGUCUAUCAGUUUGAAAGGUAAUUAUCUGCCAUCUUUUAUAGUUUGAAUAGUUUAAUUUACAUACAGAUAACUAGCUAACGCAGUAGUGGUUUCCCAAAACCGCACAUUUUGGAUGUCUCCCUAAUCUAACACACCUGACUCAACUCAUUAGUUCAUUUUUAGAGGCUCUAUGUCCUGAAAUGGGUGUGUCAGAUCUGAAAUGUGCAGUGUUGGGGGGCCACAGGGAGCAGAUUAAGAACCACUGCACUGGUGGCAUAACAUCAGGCAACUAGGCGAACGUCUUGUCCAUCGCUUCUUUUUGCGUCUUUUUUUUUCUUUUAAUUGCUUGUGAAAUGUUUUUUCGGUGCCUUUUUGUAACGCUGCCCUGGUAUGUGAGUCUGGAAGCUGCAGGCGUGUAAAAAAAAUGGAACAGUGUGGAGUUUCUUUUGCCGUUACCUUAAAUGAACCCUCAGCUGAACUCAAUGCACUGCGCGCUGCUGGCGUAGAGGAUGAGGCAGUGUUGCCAGAUCUCGUGAGAAAAAGCAAGCGAACUGAAUUGCUCGGUUUUAUUGAUCAGCUUCAAAUAAUAUAGAUUACAAAAGGCAAAGCAAAGCUAACCUGGCUGCAUUAAUUAACAAAAUACUGUUUUAUGUAAGUAUAUACUUAGACUAUUUAUUUAUUUAUUUUACUAUUUUACAUAUAGCUAUGCAGUUGGUUAUCUAAAUCAAUAAACAAAUGGAAAAGUUUGCACUUUUAAUUUAAAUAAAAUUAAUACAAAAUGUAUAUAAUUUAAAAAAAAAAAAAAAAAAAAACUUCCCAAAGAACAAGAAAACACAUACCUAUGGUAAUUUGUAUAAAACAAUUUUUUUAUUUUUUUAUUCUACAGUUAUUUAACUUUGAAAUCCCAAACACGCGUUUGUUUUCUGGAAAUGAACCAAAAAGCCCAACGCGCCAUUGCCCGUAUUUAUACGCGACUUGAUGAAAAGUGGCUUAUAAUACGCGGAUAUGGCAACACUGCUGGUAGAGAGGGAGCGAGUGAAGGGUAGCGCGCGAGAGAGGCUGUGUCUCAAAAUCCAGCGAGACAGUCUUUCGGACAUUUCGAGCUUGAUGAUGAUGCCCCAAAAACGCUUUCUUGGUAGGCACCUCGCUAGGAUUCGAAACACAGUUAGGGUGAGAUAGAAAGGAGAGACUGCUUUCGAUUAUCUCACACAGCAUCCGCUGAAUGAGGGGGGGGGAAAAAGCUUUCGGUUCUUCCAUAACGGGAUUUAAAUCAUUACAUUGUUAGAAUUAGUGACCACGCCUCUUUUUCAGCCCCACCCUCUCGUCUCAUCAUUGGUAAGUGAGUUAAUUCUUCAUUAUGUGUCUUUAUUGGUGUGGACAAGUCUCUCCCAGUGUGUCAGAUAGCUUAUCAGACUGGUGUUGGCUGUUACAUUCGCCCGGCGACAACAGUCUGUAGGCUGUCUGACAUUUUGGGCUUUUUCAUCCCCUCUGAAAACAUUCUAUUUUUAUUCGCUGUCGAUGUUAUUUUUAGUUUAAAUUUUAUAACUAUAUUUUUCGCAUUACUGAACAGUGUUUUUGUCCUGAUAUUGGUGUCUAAUUUCAGUGGGGCCGUUGUGAAAGAAAUAUUUUCGAUGUGUGUGUUUACAGAGAGCGUUAUUGACGUGUUUCUGCUUGUUCUAUAGACGUACAUGUGUGUCUCUGCGUAGCCCUUCUCUUUAAAGGGCGUGUGUGUGUGUGUGCGCGCGCGCUCGUGUGCCCAGCACUUGGUUUUGUCCACUUGAAUUUCUUGAGAAUCUACAAAGAACACACCUUAUUGCAAAACACUGUGUUAUGACAGAUCUUUUUGCCAACCCCUUCGAUUCCACUUGCUCUACAGUUUUUUUUUUUUUUUUUUUUUUUAUUUUCUUUUUUUUUUUUUUUUCUCUCUCGUGUAACUGUUCAGUCGUUAUCUAACAUGUGCAACUGGUAUUUGUUAUUCAAUUAAAAAGAUGUUCAUUCAGCAAUCCCCCCCUUCGUUUAUCACCAUUGUAAAAACCACAGGGUGAUCUGCUUGGCUUUCACAUUCGAGUCGUAUCAUUUCCUCUAACUGUUCAGAACAUCCUGUACUUUUUAGGGAACCCCCUCUGCCAUUCAUGUAUGACUGUGCAUGUGUCCUGAGUGUGAAUAAAUAAAGUUGAAUGAAUUAAAUGUCAAUCUGUGUCCUGGUUUUUGUGAUUUGAGUUAUUGAGUUUUAUAUAUUUUUGUUAUUUGAGCUUUAUAAUAUAUUGUUCACACAUCGAAGUUUUUGUAAUGCACAGCAGUACUACAGAAUACAACAGUAAUUGCAGACAAUGAAUGUAAUUUCUGCAAGCUUCACAGAAGGAAAUUAAAUUAUAAAGUUAAGAGAAUUUUUUUUUAAAGAUUAAAAUAAGAUAAAUUAAAAGCAGUUAAAAAGAAUAAUACUGGGCUAUAAUAUAUACGUAAAUAUUUGUAUGAAAAUAAAGAUAAUAAAAUACAAAUUAUAAACGCGUAGCAAAGUGACAACUGCGGUAAGAAAUAUAGCGCAAAUGUGAUUUCUUUAUGCGCCAGUAAGAAGCAUCAAUGAAAAACGUCUCCGAAAAUAUGUGUAGGCCUACCGUAUAAUAUAUUUACAUGUUCAUCCUGUCAGAAUGAAAUAGUUGUUGUCACUCUACCUUUAGUGAUGUGAUUAACUCAGGAACGGUCACGCCCACUACAGUUACUGGCUUUCCCUGAGGGUUCGGUUCGCCAUUAUGCAAAUAGCUCGUUCAAACAGGUUUAAAUAUUCAAAUAAGGCUUGACAUGUUCAGUUGUAGCUUUUUUUUUUUUAAACAACCAUCCUCCUUCUCACCACCACUCUUUUGUGUAGGUUGCACAAUAAGGUGUUCUUGUUAAGCAUGUGACCAACAACACCACACUUUUGAGGGAUUAAUUAGAUUUCCAAACGUGCACGCAUAGUGUGCUACCUCGAGGAACCAGUAGGGGACGCACGUGAACCUUUUUAAUAUUUUAAAAAUACAUUUACAAAGCAUUUUCCAAUAUAAAAGUGACACAAAUGUAUUAUAAAAAAUGUAAAAACAUACUGAAGUAUGAUCAUUUGACACAUUUUGGAAGAUUCUGGGAGAAGGAAAAACCAUCACAGCUGUCAAAAGCAAGUGUAUUCAUAAUUAAAAGUCUUAUGUCGAGGUGAAUCAGGGUCUUUACCUGUCACAUGAAUCAAUGAUGUGCUGUCACCGAACAGGAGAACACUGGCACACCCAGGUUGAGUCAGAACCAGGUGUAAAUGUUACCCUAUACCUGACGCAGUAUCUUUACACAGGAAAACUCUAACGUAUGCAUGAGCUUUGCAUAUCUGCACGUCACAGCAACCCACAGGUAUGUAUUAUUAAAAUAAGCAGAAGAACUGACUUCGAUAAACUGUUAGCUUCUCUCAUUUCUCUCAUUCUAAAGUGCCACAUUGUGUGGGGAACAGAGUAAAAUCUGUGUAUACAAUCUACAAUAGGAGGCCUGUUUUUAAAACGAACAAUACAGCUUAAAAGCUUGAUUGUAGUUAGCAAAUUAGCAUCAACGGCCAAACAUGGUUAUACGCAUUGUUUUGGUGUAUGGUUGUGUAGGUAUGAAUGAGUUAUUAUGCCUCCUUUUUUGAAAAAAAAAAAAAAAAAAACAACUUUGGAAAGUCCCUGUAACUAAUUUGCAUACUGGUUUUUUUUAUUUUAUUUUUUUUAGUUCUGCUUGAAGCAUAUGUGACACACAAAGUGCCCAUUGUGAUCCAUUCAUGUGGUUUUAUAAAGUGGGAAACAGAGAAUUGUGGCUACCCAGCGCUUUGUAACAAUGUAUAGUGUGUGAGCUUGCAUCUUUCUUCUGAACAUGCCUUUUGGCGAGCUUGCUGACUUUUGAACAUUUUUUAAGUAUAGGAUAGGAUAAUAGGUUUGAAUAGAAUUACCCCCAUUCAACAGAAUUACUCUUCACGAUCACGAAGAAUCCAGUAGUGGCAAAAUUAUUGAAUUUUUCUUCCACAUUGAUCUCAAAAUCUAAACAGAAGUAGCUACACCUUAUAAAAUCUGAUCAAGCAAAACAAAAUAUAUGUGCCCCCUGACCCAAAUUAUAUAUAAUAUUAGUAUCUAAAAGAGUAUGAUCACCCAUUCUGUUAGUGUAUAUUGGUUGUAUAUAGGCUACUAUACAACAUACUUUGUAUACAUAUAUGUAUGCAAUUCUAAUCUACAGUACUAUGCCUUUUAAGAAGAAACGUGCAGUUAUUUAUUAUUAAAUUAAAAACACAUGGGCACAUCACUGAUAAUGCAGUAGCUGUGUCUGUGAGGUGUAGCAGCACGAAUGUACAGAAGCAAAACAUUGUCAGGUCUUUUGUCGACACCUACUGGCUGUGAGGCGGUACUACAAGUAAAAUCAGCUUCCUAUACACAGGGAGUGACGUAUAUUUCCUAUCCAUACACCCACUUACCUCAGACACAGAACGAGGGGAGUAAAAUAAAAGAUAUUCGCGUGUUUAAAUAAAUUUCUAAUUUAUUUGUUGUCAUUUGUUUUACACAUUCUGGAGCAUUCGCACAGACGCUCUGUGAAAUUCGCUGUUAGCCGUGAUUAUCGUUUACCGGUAGUUAAUCUCGGUUGGGAUACGUUGCGUAAUGCGUACCGGAGCCGGUUAUGGCGUCGGUGAGUCGUGUGGGAUCAUGAGGUGUCGGGAUUCAUCAUUAUUUCGGUAUUGGUGCGUGUAAAGAAACUGUGACCAUGGCCGGUGUGUUUGAUAUCGACCUGGACCCAACGGAGGACAGCGUGUCAGAUGAGGAGCUCGCUGACGGGGCCAAGAUUAAUGAAUACAUGGAUCAAUGCAGUGGCUUUGAAUUUAUGGAAGACUGUGAGAAGUUCGAGAUCUCUGAAAAUAGUGUGAAUCAAGGCACGGAGCAGAUUCGUCCGGAAUGUUUUGAGUUGCUUCGUGUUUUGGGUAAAGGAGGAUAUGGAAAGGUUUUUCAAGUUCGCAAGGUAACUGGGCCAACUUCUGGGAAGAUAUUUGCCAUGAAAGUUUUGAAAAAGGCCAUGAUCAUGCGCAAUGCAAAGGACACUGCUCAUACUAAAGCAGAAAGGAAUAUCCUAGAGGAAGUUAAGCAUCCCUUCAUUGUGGACCUCAUAUACGCCUUUCAGACGGGGGGCAAACUUUACCUCAUCCUGGAGUACCUUAGCGGUGGAGAGCUGUUCAUGCAGCUGGAGAGGGAGGGGAUCUUCUUGGAGGACACAGCCUGCUUUUAUCUGGCAGAGAUUUCCAUGGCCUUGGGUCAUCUUCAUCAGAAAGGCAUCAUCUAUAGAGACCUGAAGCCAGAGAACAUCAUGCUCAAUAAGAAUGGUCAUGUGAAGUUGACAGACUUCGGACUGUGUAAGGAGUCGAUCCACGACGGUACCGUCACACACACCUUCUGUGGAACCAUAGAGUACAUGGCACCAGAAAUCCUCAUGAGAAGUGGCCAUAAUCGAGCUGUGGACUGGUGGAGUCUGGGAGCCCUGAUGUAUGACAUGCUAACAGGAGCUCCGCCAUUCACCGCAGAGAAUCGGAAAAAAACCAUUGACAAAAUCCUAAAGUGCAAACUGAACCUUCCACCUUACCUGACCCAAGAAGCACGGGACCUUCUGAAAAAGCUGCUGAAGAGAAAUGCAUCGAUCAGGAUGGGAGCAGGUCCUCGAGAUGCUUUAGACGUCCAGGCCCACUCCUUCUUCAGACACGUAAACUGGGAUGAUCUGCUGGCUUGUAAAGUUGAACCUCCCUUCAAGCCUUUUUUGCAAUCAGCCGACGAUGUUAGCCAGUUUGACUCAAAGUUCACUAGUCAGACUCCUGUGGACAGUCCCGAUGACUCGACGCUCAGUGAAAGCGCCAACCAAGUCUUCCUGGGCUUUACGUACAUAGCUCCAUCUGUGCUAGAAAACAUCAAGGAAAAGUUCACUUAUGAGCCAAAAUCCCGUUCACCUCGCAAGCUUCUGGGAAGCCCAAGAACACCAGUGAGCCCUGCUAAGGUUGAAGGGGAAGACGGUUGGUCUCGAGGUCCACCCUUCCCAGAAGUGACCACAACCACCUCCUCUCUCCUGCCACCCAGUGAUAUGCUCAUGGAGGUGUCUAAUGUGGAGCACAUGGACGUUAGCAACAGCAUGGAGGUGUCGGCCCCUCUACCCAUCAAAAAACCACUGGGAUCCAACGCGGGGUCCUUCAUAAAACAGGCUAACCCGGUGGGCAGCAGGAGACCCCAGCAUUUGAGGAUGAAUCUUUGAUGAACGUCUUAAGUUUUGCACUUUAGGAAUUUAUUAAAUUACCCAAAGGCCUUUCUGCACCCUGUUUUCAUCACUUAAACACUUGCCGCCUCAGCACACUUCAUACAAGCAUGCAGAGCUUGUUCAGAACAAAGCCCGUGACCUCUCUCUACUUGCACCAUAGUAAGCUGGUCUGCUGCUUGCUAUGAAAAAGAAAGAGACCACCUUGCACUUCAGGUGACUCUGAGCAUGAAUUUCACAGUUUAUCUUUUAUAUGCCAUGCUCAUGCAAAAAGUGAGGAAGAAUGCACAUUUUCUAUUCUAUAUUUGAAGUUUGAUCUGAGGUUGAGCCCCUCGUUAUUGUUUUGCUUGACUGUAUGACGUUGGAAUAGUAACAGUAUUAAGAGAGAGUUCAUCCAAAAAUAAAAUUGUCAUUUGCUCACUUUUAUCGGUUCCAAACCUGUUUGACUUGCUUUCUUUCUUCUGUGGAACACAAAAGAAGAAAAAAUUCCCAGUCUUUUGUUGUUUUAGGUCCUAUUGACUUCCAUUAUAUGAACAGUUGAAUCAUUUUUCAAGAUGUCUUCUUUUGUGUUUCACAGAAGAACAGAAAGUCAUUCAGGUUUGGGACAAUGUGAGGGUGAGACAAUUUUCAUUUUUGGGUAAACUGUCCCUUUAAGGUGGCGAGAGAAGAUCUAGGUCUACAUUCCAGUGGAAUCUGUUUAUUUUGCGAUGGAUUUGAUUCUUAAUGCAUCAGUAGUUAUUAGGACCCCUAGAAUCACAGAUAUAGAACACUUCUGGAGUGACAGUUGUGUUUACCAACCAAUCAUAAACUAUUAAGUUUAAUAAGCUGAGUUUUUUUUUUUUUUUUAUGAUUUUUUUUUUUUUUUUUUUUGCAAUGCUCAUUGCUCAAGUUCAUGAGGCAGUGUUGGAUGACUUUAAGACAUUCUUCUCUUGUUUUGGUCUGUUCAUGAUUACGUUUAAAAUUCAUACAUUUAAGUAUGAAUCUACCUGCAUUGUGGGCAUCAUAUCAAAUGUUUUACUUUUGGACAGUAUGCAUUAUUCUGACCAAAGAGUAUUAAAAACACAAAAUUGCCAGAUAACAUUAGAUAAAUCCUCUUAAUCCAGAGUACAAGUAGUUCAUUCUAAGCUACAUCCACAAACAUUAAUGCCACUAAUAUUAAUAUGAUGUCAAAACUAUUGGGUGGAACAUCUUUUUUUUUUUUUUUUUUUUUUCUUUUCAGUUUUACUUUUCUCUUUUUAGUAUUGAAGACAACAAUUCUGAAAUAGUUUCCUUUUUUUUUCUUUUUUUUUUUUUCUAAAUAUGUGUGUUUGUUUUGAAUUUAUUUUUCAGGUGCCAUAUAGUUUUGUAAACUAUGCAAAUGAUUUAUUCUUAAUCAAGAAUGCUGUUCAGGAUUUAGCCGGAUUAGUUUCAUAAAGACAAAGGCAUGCCCUUUCAUUUUUAUUUAGUACUUCUUUCUAUGGUGAUCUUAUGGUGAGUCAAAUUAAUUGUAUUAUUCUUAAGGACAGUAAAAAUGUUUGGAUUUUAAAUAUAUUUUCAAGAUGUGCAGUGUACACACAUACACAAUAUAAAGGGAAAACCACUGGAUUAUUUAUUGUUCUGUUUUGAUUAAAUAAGCUUGGAUACAUGUGGUUGAGGUGAAAUCUCUAUUCUGGAUGAACCCAGAAUGAUAAUGAUGGAAGCAUAAUAAAAUAGUAAAUCCUUCAAAAAAAAAAAAAAAAUCAGUAUUUAUUUAAUUGCUGUACAUAGACAAUUCAUCACUGUUGGUGCUCUUUCCUUGUAUUAUAGUUCUUAUAUAUACACACACACACACAAUAAGUGUAAUGAUGUGACUCUUUGAAUUGGUCGACACUGAGUCUGUUUCUUGUUAAAAUUGUGUUGUAUGUAAGAAGGGAUCAUUUAGACAGUCAUCAUGGGUGUUUUCAUGUAUCUUGUUUCACAGGCUUUUCUGUGCUCAUAGAACUGUAAUUGUUAUCACUGAACGUCUGUGUGUGAGGCUGUGUAACCGCAUUUAAACAAUUUCUGAAUGACACGUUUUUUUCCCAUGGGAAUGUAAAAUAGGCUUGUUUUCUGCUUGAAAACAUUCUGUUGUGACAUUGUAACUCACUGAUUGAAUGUGAUGUUAACCUCACAUCCUCAAACUCUAAUUUCUGUUGUGUAGAUCGUAAUUGUGGUUGGAAAUUAGGAGGCCAUUGCUCUGAUUGAACUGUCUGGACUUUGCGGCGGAUUCCAUCAAGCCAAUAACUGGCUGUACUCACUAUGCACAGGAAGCAUGAUUGUGAAUAUCUUAAGCUUAAUACGGUGCCUACUGAUAAACAACAGCCUGCUGUGCCGUGGCAGUUAACAGCCCCUAAUGGCUUCAUAUGUGAAAGCCUUUGAUUUUGAAAUCUGUGCGAGACCAGCAGCUUAAUUAAAUUGCCUCUUAACUGGUACUUUGACUAUGGAAGCAUUGUAUUUUGCCUUUGCAUACGCAAAUAUCGACCGUUUAUUCAAACUAUGCAAUGCUGGCUGAGAGAGGGGUCUGUAAUUUGGCGUAAAUGGCUUCAUGUAUCACUUUUGACAGUCUGAUGAGCUGGAUAUUGACCAUAAGCCCAGUCCCUGUAAUCACAAGACUCAUGGUCUGGGUUUAAAACCUUUCAAACUGUCCCUCAUUGAUUCUUGCAGUCAUGUUGGAAUAUUAAGACAUAACUUGGUGCUAAGUGUUAAUGGCCUGGGUUUUUUUUUUUUUUUUUUUUUAAUCUUCACUACUAUAUGUUCCUUAUACAAAAUAUAAUGUGGUGUGUAAUUGAGCUUCACAAAGAGUUCAACUGAACCUGAUCUCGAAAAUCUGUGUGCUCCAUUAUGAAACAGGGUUGGAACCAAUUCUGAAACUUCCUGGUUUAUAAAGUAAAAUGAAUGGAAAAAUGCCUGUAAAAAGAAUUGAGAUGCAGAUAAGGAAACAUUUUGCAUUUUAAAUGCAAAUGCUUGAAGUGCUGUGUUUAUUAAACAGUGGCACAUUUUGGUUUUAAAAUGAAUGGAUUUAAAGUACUGAAUGACAUGAGGUUGUUUAUAAUGAAUUAUCUGGUGUUUUGUUUUAAAACUCAUUUUAAUCCCUGGAGAAUUCUACAACAUCAAUAAAGUUGAAUUAGAGUAUUUAACAAGCAA